AGCAACAGCGUCAGCUCUAACAGAGCGAUGAGAGAAGACGUAGGGCUAGCAGGGAGCUAUAAGCCAUGUCUGUUCCAGCUGAUGAAACUGUGGGGGACCUGCCUGUGAGAGAUGUAGGUCUAACUCUAGCUGGAAUUGGAGGAUUACAAGAAUCAUCAACUACACAGAAUGUAAAAGCUCGACAAGCUAUAUCACGGAUCAGUCGAGAGGAACUCGAAGACAGAUUUCUUCGUUUACGUGAUGACAACAUCUUGCUCAAACAGCAUGCAAAUAAGCAAGAGGAUAAAAUUAAAAGAAUGGCCACCAAGUUAAUACGGCUUGUUAAUGACAAAAAAAGGUCUGAACAGGUUGGUGGCGGCCCCAAGCGGCUGGGUCAGGCUGUGGAGCUGGAAGAAAUGAUUGAGCAUUUGCAAGAGAGAGUUCGUGAGCUUGAGAAACAAAACGAGAACCUCCGCAGCAAACUCGUUUCAACUAAACAGCAGCUUGAGAUUCAAGGCCAUAGGCCUUGUCCGUACAGCUAUGUUCAAUCUCGUAUUAACACUGGUCUCAAAAAAGUGAGUGAGGCUGCUGGCAUGCCAGAGCACACAAAGAAAGGAAUGAGAUUUCAGGAUUUAGAAGUGAGAUCACUUAACCUUGUGCUCCCAAGAUAUGGACAGAGUCUGCUUGAGGAUCCAAGGGCUGAAAUAAGAAAUUUGGAGACUGUGAUUGAGUCCCAAAGGGAACACAUUGAGCAACUAGAACAUGCCAGAGGGAUACUUGUGAGUCAGCUAAAAAGGAAAGGAAAGGAAAUUGAAGAAUCCGUCCUACGGCUGAAAGAGCAAGAAACAACAAGCCAAAGGCUAAACAUUCGGGACAAUGUGGAAAUGAUCAAGGUCCGUAAACAGCUGGUUGAGAAAAGCAAUGCUCUUUCAGCGAUGGAAGGAAAAUUUCUCCAGCUUCAAGAGAACCAAAGGAACUUGAAGACGAGCCAUGAUGCUUUAAUAGCAAAAGGUGAUGAACUGAAUCUACAGCUUAAAGAGGAGCGGUUAAAGUGCCUCCAUCUUGAAAAAGAAUUGCAAUCAGUGACUAUUUCAAACCGAAGGACAGAGGAGUUACAGGAAAGAAUAAAUGAUCUAGAAAAAGAGAAGGAACUCUUGAGAGAAAACUAUGAUAAGCUGUAUAACAGUGUCUUCAAUAUGACCCAUGAACAGCAAUGGAUAUUAAAGGAACAGCAACUGAAACUGCAAAUUGCUGAACUAGAGGCUGCUAUCGAAUCUGAUUUAGCACACAAAAAUGAAAUCCUUGACAAGAUCAAAGUAGAAAGAGACCAAAAGGAAAAGCUGAUGCAAGAGAAUAAAGACCUGCAGUUAUGCUACCUGAAACAUAAGCAACAACUAGAUGAAAUGAAAAAUCACAUGAAGUUUUUGACGAAGGAAAGUGAUAUUGAUGUGGCAGAACUCAGUGAAGCUCUCUUGCUUAUAAAGGUUCAAAAGCAGCAGAAAAAUGGGGACCUAAUGUUUUUGGAAAAAGUAGAAGAUGAUAUCCAUAAAGAUUUAGAACACUCCAUGCAGGAGCUGCAGUUAACACAUGCGGAAACAGUGCAAGAACUUGAAAAGACAAGGAAUAUGUUAAUUGUGCAGCACAAAAUUAACAAAGAUUACCAGACUGAAGUAGAAGCAGUGACACAAAAGAUGGAAAGUCUACAGAAAGACUAUGAGUUAAAACUGGAACAGUAUGUCCAUCUUCUUGAUAUUAGAGCUGCACGCAUCCGAAAACUAGAAGCCCAACUAAGAGAUAUUGUCUAUGGUACAAAACCGCAUAAAUCCAGACCAGAAAUAUUGCCGGGUGAUCCAGUGGAUGAAUUUGAUGAAACUUUACAUUUACGAAGAGGAGAGAACCUUUUUGAAAUUCAUAUCAGCAAAGUGAUCUUCUCUUCUGGAGCUAUGCGUGCUUUUGGUGACCAUGAACCUGCAACUUUUUGUACUUAUGCAUUCUAUGACUUCGAACUUCAGACAACCCCAGUAGUUUAUGGGCGUACCCCAUCGUAUGACUUCACUUCUCAGUAUCUUGUGCAGGCUGAUGACUGCUUCUUGCACUAUAUACGGCAAAAGAGUAUCACGCUUGAGGUUCAUCAUGCAUAUGGCACAGAUUAUGAAACAGUUGCUGCAUGUCAACUGAAGCUCCACGAAAUCUUGGAGAACAGUGGGAAGUUCUACAGCACAGCAAAUUUAGUUGGAAUCAAAGGAAACAUUCAAAAUUAUGGUACCGUAGAAUACGGGAUCAGGUUACGAGUUCCUAUAGAUCAAGCUAUUAGUCUCUACAAAGAGAGGUCAAAGGCUCUGGGGUAUAUAACAUCCAAUUCUAGGGAACGUGAACAACCAUCUCAGCAGCAGAUACUCAGAACUGCCCAAGUCAGCACUUCAACAGAUGGCAAUUUAAAUGAACUCCACAUUACAAUAAAAUGUUGUAACAGUCUACAAUCCCGAAAAAAACAUCUUCAGCCAAAUCCUUAUGUUGUCUACAAGUUCUUUGAUUUUGCAGACCAUGAUACUCCCAUCAUUCGUAGCAGCAACAAUCCACAAAUAGAUGACCAUAUGUGUUUCCAAGUGCCAAUGAAUGCAGAUUUAGACCGAUACCUAAAAUCAGAAUCUGUAACCUUUUAUGUAUUUGAUGAUGGUGAAACGGAAGAAGAUAAUUUAGACAAGAUUUGCAUUUUGCUUUCAGGUACUUUUGAACUAACAGAUUCUGAAAGACGCGCUACUGGUACCAUCACAGUUGAAUUAAAAUGGAAGUUUGUCUACCUACCACCAAGUGGAUCAACAAUGGCGGCACACGUAGUGAAUUACACUCAAAAUGAGAAGUCAAUGGCAACUAAAUUACUAGCAGAGGAAAAAACGCAGACUCCAGCCCUGUCUCCUUCUUUUACUUCAUCAGUGACAAAACCAACACCCAAACCAAGGCAGCGUGCAGCUCAAGCAGACAAGAAAGUAUCUUUUCUGGAUCUUAGUACAAUACAAAUGGCAGGCUCUGUUGUUGAAAAUAACAUGGAACUUGCACAGAAGAUGAAGGCUUCAAGAGUUCCAAGUGUUUCAGAGCAUGUAGUACAUGAGGUUAAACAAGAAAGGCUAGCAGAUGAUAAGGUGAAGGAGAUGGCUGAAGAAAUUCAACAGGAAAAGGAAGACCUCUCACAUCUGUCAGAGGGGCAGUUGGCCGACCAAAGCUCAGUUACCUCUGGAGAUGAUACAGAAAUAACUGAAGAAUUGGAACCAGAAGAUCAAGAUGAUGGACAAGAAAAUGAUGCCAUUGAAUCAAUAACAACUGACAGCGAUGACUGUAUUGUUUCAAGUCCAGUAUCCAAGAAUAUUAAACAGGCAACUGAAAAAAUCCGGAUUGAAAUUAUAUCACUCACUCUUACUGAGUCACGAAUUGCAUCAGAUGAAACAGUACAGCAGCUGUUUGUAGAAUGCAGAUUAUACAAUUUCCUUGCAGAGGAGACACCACUGUCACUUCCAAAACCAACAAGUGGUCAGAGGAUUCACUAUAACUAUAGCAAUGUGAUACAUGUGGAUAAGGCAAAUAAUCAUGCAAGAAGAGAGUAUCUCAAGUCUAUGCUUCUAAAGCCAGAUCUACAUACUGACAGCCUACGAUUUACAGUGGUCAGUGAUCCCCCAGAAGAUGAACAGGAUCUUGAAUGUGAAGAUAUCGGUUUCGCUUAUGUCAGUUUGAGAGAGAUAUUCCAGAAGCAAAGAGAUAUCAUUGAGCAAGAUACUGACAUUUUCGAUUCACAAGAUGAUAGUGCAGUAAUUGGAAAGCUCAAAGUAACAGUGGAAGCCCUCCAUGCACUGCGUUCAGUCUAUGAGGAAUGCAAAGAUGACUAGGAGGCAUGAAAGGGAAGUUUGCCUACAGAAGUUCCUUCUCCCAGUGUAAAUACAUGCUUGAUAGUGCUUCAAAGAUGAGAUCUUUGUAAUUCUUACAGUAUAUUUAAUGUAUAAUUUAUAUGAAAAGGACGCUUGAUUUGUAGUUGUAAAGUUUUGUAUACUUUUCAGUCUGUUUGUUUUUAUAUUUCCCCCCUAAGGCUAAGAAUCUCUCCACAAUGGACAACUUCUUGUAAAUAAUUAAUACCUACAUGAUUGAAUGAUGUGCUUUAUUU